AUGUCUACCAAUAAGUCUGAGAAAUCCGACGACGAGCCACAAGCAGCAGCUGGUGAGAGCGAACAAGAGCCAACGACUGGAAAGGAGGUCGGAGAGAAGAGCGAAAAUAAUUCUACCACAGCGGACAUGGAAUCGAACGGAUCCAGCUGGAGCAACUCGGAAGACUCC